GCACCGUGCGCUCCCCGGGCCGGCCUGCCCGCACUGGCUCUGCCCCCGGGUGUCACAGGGACCCUCUGAGAUUCUCCACGUCGCUGGUGGCUUCACAUUGCAGCGGCACAAUCGCCUGCGGCCACAGCCACCUUCACAAUAAAACCACCGGCUUCUGCACCUCGCACGCUGCCUCGGAAAGAAUGACAGUCCCAAUCCCCGCAGCUGUGCCUCCCGACACCGCAUUGAGCACCUCCAUGAGCGACGUGGUGCCUUUCAUGCGACUUUUGCUACGAUCCGUUCCCCAUCGCUUUUUCAGAGGAAAAAAAGUUCUCCCGCCUCCAUCCAACCUACAUUAUUCAUAUGUCCAGCCCUGUAAACUGAAAUGGACGUGGAGUCCUCCAGAGGGCAUUAGUAGUGACUGUAAUCUAGAAUAUUGCAGUGAAAUUUUGAUUAAUGAGAUCCCACAAGAAAAUACAGAAUGGUCUAGGAAACGGUUUCGGGAGGAAGAUGUAUCCUUGAAUGAGAUGGUUCAUUUCAAAGUGAGAAGUGAAUGCAAAGCUGAAAAUGCUAGUGAACCAAGCGACUGGGUGAUGAUUUCUACUUCACCAAAAGGUGCUGAAGGUACUGCUGCUGUUGACAUAAACUGCACGUGGCACAACUUGGAGUACAUGGUCUGUACGUGGCUUCCUGGCCAGAAUGCAAGCGCUCACACCAACUACACGCUGCACUACUGGCAUGAGGGUCUGGAAAACCAAGAGCAAUGUCAGAAUUACAUCUCCGGGGAUACCUUUGGCUGCAACUUCAGUUUCUCCAUUUCAAAUACCACAUCCAUGUAUUCACCUAUCAAUAUUUUGAUCAGAGGCAACUCGGAAGAAAUUCGGCCUGUCUGCGAAAACAGGAAUCCCACAACAAUUGUAAAACCUGGCCCGCCAAGGAUUGUGUCAGUAUUGAAGAGCAAAUAUGGACUACAUGUAAAAUGGCAGAAGCCGGGCACCUUUGCGCCACAUUGCUUGGCUUACGACCUAGAACUGAAAGACAGCAAAUCACACACCAAUCAUUCUUUUGAAGUCCUCAAGAGCACUGCCAUGCAGAUUCCGAAUGUUGACCCUAACACUAUGUACACUGUCAAAGUGAGAGCAAAGGUCCAAAAUAAAUGUUACAGCAGCUAUCACUUGGGUGACUGGAGUGAGGAAAGGAGCAUUGGUGAAAACACGGACUUCACAAUAUAUAUCGUUUUAAUGCUCGCUAUUCCAUUAACAGUUGCAUUAGCUAUUAUAAUUCUACUGGUGUACCUGAAAAGGCUCAAGAUACUAAUUUACCCACAAAUUCCUGACCCUAGAAAAAUCAUUAAACGUAUGUUUGGAGAGCAAACCGAGGACCUCCAGGGGUUUCCGGGAGAUGACUUUCUCAAUGCCUGUAAACCAGCUAAGGAAGAGGAAAUCCUCUCGUUAGUUUGUAUAGAGACUCUCGAGAGCGUCUCAUCUGCAGAGGAGGAACGAGAAAGACACGCUUUGCAAGUGAAAGCCUUGUGAGCGAGACUUCUUUUGUUGCUGUUUGUUUACCUCAGAAGACUUCUGAAUAUCAGCCAUGACUGGUCUGCAAGGCAGACGCCCACAUUCCAUUUCGGCGCGUCCCCGCUGAGCACUCACCUGCCUGGUGACACAAGAUAAGCCGCUGACCUUUGCUACCUUCCGUCUCUGCCAAAACCGCUCCCCAGAGCCAACCCGAUGUACAUAAGCCACGUGACUGACAGUGCUGUCAGCUCAGCCUUUCCGACGGCUUGUCCUCCUCCUUCUGCUCAGGCCUCCCAUGUAAACGGUUAGCUGUUUGGAGCAGGAACUGGCUCUUCUGAGAAGCACCUUGCCCAGCGUGGUGAGAAGUAAAACAACAGUUUGUUUACAGUUUAUCCCUGCGGAAAGAUAGGAGCCGCCAAGAGACUGGGUGACCCCUCCAGUCCAGCAUUGUUUCUCUAACAGUGGCCAAUUCCAGAUGCUUGAGAGAAAGGUGCAAUAAAUCUUCAAGUGUAUUUUUGGAACAACAGCCUGUCUAAUACCCCAGUCAGUGGCUGCCUAAACCUAGGAGGAAGGCUUAGAUCCCUGCUUUAAAACAUAUGUUUAUGCACAAGUUUCCUCCCAUAACAGUGGCUGUUCUCACUAAUCACCCAGGUGUUUAAUCCUUUUUGAAUUCUACAAAGCUCUGGGCCGCUACAUUUUUUUUUUUUUUUUUUGGACAGAGUUUUUAAAACAGCUUUUGUUUCUCUGUUUCUCAAUCGCUGUUUCUCAAUUUCUUCACAGUCCCGGCUUCUGGGUCUAGUUCUCUCCGUCUCUCCCGCAUAACCUCCCAUGCUGGUGAGAUGGUGGAAGCCCACUGCUUAGGAGUGAGUCUUGCCCCUGUCCUUGGCGGUCUCCUCUGAGAAUUUGAAAGCUAUUUCAAGAAGCAAGGGCUGACUUUAUUUCACCCCCCUCUCUGAUGAUAUUUAUCUUUAGUACAUCAUCAGCUUUAAGGUCAGAAGGUCACUGUAGUGAUCAUAAGUUGAUAGUUCAUAAUAUUCUCCUUAGCUACGUUUGAGGUUGUUGUUGCUGGCUUUCCUGCUAUGAAUUCUUACCUUCGCCU